AUGAGGCUUCUAAAGAAACCUACGCGUAAAGGUCUGAAGAUAUCUUCGUCGACUGAUCCCCCUCCGAGAAUGGAUCAUCCUGAUGCUACGCCAUCUCCUCCUCCUGAGGACUCUGAGGUGCCUGCUGGUACUGAGGUGGCUACGGUUGUUGAGGGGGUUGCGGACCCUGAUGUUGAAGAAUCUGCCCCUGCUUCUUCUGCUGGGACUGCUCCAAGUUCUGCCGAUAACCCUAGUCCCGUCCGAGCUGCCUCAGUUGAGGGUGAGAACCUUCUUGUUAGUGCUGGUGCUCAGUUGGUAGAGCAUGUUAGUGUUCAAGCCCCUGCACCUACGCUGUCCUUGAAGAUUCCUUCGUUGUUUGAUCCUAGCAAGGUUUUUCCCGUUACUUCCGUCGCUGCUGGAGCUGCUGUUGUGGCUUCUAAAAGUCUGCCUUCAUCUGCUGCUACCUCCCUUCAAUCAAGUGGUUCGUUUGAUAAGGUUGUUACCCCCACGGUGAGGGUUGGUAGCUCAGAUUCGCAGCAGAAGAAGAAGAAAAGUACCCAUUACAAUGAGAUGUUAGAUCUGUUCAAGAGAGUCAACAUCAACAUUCCUUUUCUUGAAGCAAUCAAGCAAAUCCCUGCUUAUGCCAAAUUCCUCAAAGACUUGUGUACUCAAAAGCGCAAGCUCAAUGUGCACAAACGUGCUUUCUUAGCUGAGCAGGUGAGUUCCAUCAUUCUGAACAAAACUCCACCCAAGUUUAGGGAUCCAGGAUGUCCAACAAUUUCUUGCACUAUAGGAGAACACACGGUCAAUAAAGCGUUAUUAGACCUAGGUGCAAGUGUUAACCUACUGCCAUAUUCUGUUUAUGAGCAGUUAGGUCUUGGGGAGAUGCCCUCACGUUGGUCGAGACAAGACCGCUCUAAAUUCCUGGCUGAAGUUAAACAUUUCCUUUGGGAUGACCCAUAUUUGUUUAAGUACUGCCCAGACCAAAUCAUUAGGAAAUGUGUCCCCAACACCGAACAGAAAAAUUAUUGUAUUGCUUGUGAGCGCUGUCAGAAACUAGGAAGUAUCUCAAGGAGAAACAUGAUGCCAUUGAAUCCUAUUCUGAUUGUUGAGAUUUUUGAUGUUUGGGGGAUCGACUUCAUGGGUCCAUUUCCCAUGUCUGACAGCAAGUUGUACAUCUUAGUCGCCGUUGACUACGUCUCCAAGUGGGUAGAAGCCAUCGCAACCAGAACAAAUGACCACAAGGUGGUACUUUCCUUUUUAAAGGAAAACAUAUUUUCACGUUUUGGUACCCCGAGAGCUAUCAUCAGUGACGGUGGCUCACAUUUCUGCAAUAGGCACUUCGAGUUUUUAGUACGCAAGUAUGGAAUAACUCACAAGGUUGCUACUCCGUACCACCCUCAGACCAGUGGACAAGUGGAAGUAUCUAAUAGGGAAAUCAAGCACAUUCUAGAAAAGACGGUUAACCCGUCUAGGAAAGAUUGGUCAAUAAGAUUGAAUGCUUUGUGGGCCUAUAGAACAGCGUAUAAGACACCAAUUGGCAUGUCCCCCUAUCGUUUAGUGUAUGGAAAGCCGUGCCAUCUUCCUGUGGAGUUAGAACAUCGAGCUUAUUGGGCAAUUAAGCAACUGAACUUUUCUCUGGACGAAGCUGGAAUUCAACGGAAACUUCAACUCAACGAGUUGGAAGAAUUGAGAAAUGAGGCUUAUGACAUUGUCAGGUUAUAUAAGCAGAAGAUGAAGAUAUUUCAUGACAAGCGUAUUCUACGCAAAUCCUUCACUCCUGGUCAGAAAGUCUUGCUGUAUGACUCCCGAUUACAUCUUUUUCCAGGAAAACUGCGUUCCAGAUGGAAGGGUCCGUACCUAGUACGCACAGUUUUUCCUCAUGGAGCUGUAGAGCUGGAGGAUGUUUCCAACAAGAACGUU